UGUCUCUUCUGAGCUGAGCUCUGCAGCCACAGGGACCCUCGUCCUCCUGAAGCAUCUCCAGGGCCUGGGUGACCACUGUUCAUGGAGAGAACCCACAAGGAGAUGCUGGUGGCCAUACUAAGGGGAAAGGGGACCCCAUGAGAGAGCCUCUGAUCUGAAAAUAUGUGACCUGGGUCACCUCACCUGCAUUCCUGCAUCACCUGCAUUUCUGCAACACCUGCAUUCCUCGCCUGCUUUCCUGAGGGGCAUCUCAGGAGGAUCUGAGUGGGAUAGUCCUUCAUGAGAAUGAGAGUGGGACUCCUGAGGUGAAACUGUCCUUCUUCCUGAGGGCUGCUGACGUGACAGCCCCGUAACAGUGACAGUCAGCCUCCCAGUGACCACAUUCUGCAUCUUCCACUUUAGGACACUGAGGUCUCUUCCUCCAGCACAGUUGGGUUCACAGAGAAGACACCAUGACCCUCAGCCUCAUGGCCCUUCUCUGCCUUGGGCUGAGCCUGGGCCUGAGGACUCCAGUGCAGGCAGGGACCCUCCACAAACCGACCCUCUGGGCUGAGCCAGGAUCCGUGAUCCUCUGGGGGAGCUCAGUGACCAUUUGGUGUCAAGGGACCCUGGAGGCUAAGGAGUACCAUGUGUAUAAAGAGGGGAUCUCAAAGCCCUGGGAUAGGCAGAAGCCACUGGAUCCUGGGAACAAAGCCAAGUUCUCCAUCACACAGAUGACAGAGCGCACUGCAGGGAGAUAUCACUGCUCCUAUCUGAGCCAAGGUGUCUGGUCAGAGCGCAGCGACCCACUGGACCUGGUGGUAACAGGAGUCAACAGCAAACCCAGCCUCUCAGCCCUCCCCAGCCCUGUUGUGACCUCAGGAGGGAAUGUGACCCUCCAGUGUGACUCUCGGGAAGAAUUUGACAGGUUUAUUUUGACCAAGAAAGGAGAAGACAGGCUAUACUGGACCUUGGACUCAAAGCGACACCCCAGUGGGCAGGUCCAGGCCCUGUUUCCUGUGGGCCCUGUGACCCCCAACCACAGAUGGAGGUUCAGGUGCUGUGGCUGUUACAAGAAGACACCCCAUGUGUGGUCAGAGCCCAGUGACUCCCUGGAGCUCCUGGUCUCAGGAUGGCUCCCUGACAGACCCUCCCUCUCGGUGCAGCCUGGCCCCAUGGUGGCCUCAGGAGAGAACGUGACCCUGCUGUGUCAGUCAUGGAGCUGGAGGGACACUUUCCUUUUGACCAAGGAGGGAGAAGCCGGUCCCCCACUGCGUCUCAGAUCACAGUCCCAAGCUCAGCAGCACCAGGCAGAGUUCUCCAUGGGUCCUGUGACCUUGGCCCAUGGGGGGACCUACAGGUGCUACAGCACAAACCACAGCAGCCCCUACCUGCUGUCACAGCCCAGUGAUCCCCUGGAGCUCCUGGUGUCAGCCUCCCAACCCAAAGACUACACAGUGGAGAACCUGAUCUGCGUGGGUGUGGCUGGAUCGGUCCUGGUGGUCCUCGGGGUGAUGGUGCUUCAGGCUCGAGACAGUGAAAGAAUGGCUCAGGCUGCAGCUAGGACAUGAACACAGAGGGGACAGGGCACCAUUCAGAGAGAGGGAACUCUGGAGCCCACCUGAUGACCCAGGAGGAGGUGAAGGACAGUCUGAACACAGGUGGGGAAAAUUGUCUGCUGAUUUGUCCAGAGGAGCAGAUGGGGCAGACAAGGUUUGGGGACAAAAAACAUGAGCCGUGUUCCUGUGGAGACCCCUCCUCUAUCCCACUGUGGGGCUGUCCCUCCUCAUCCUCACUGACUCCCCUUGACUGUCCUCUUCUCACCCCUGUGACAUGAGGGGCCGCCCCACAUGGCUGGUUUGGGUUCACAUCUACACACCCCUUCAUGCUGGAUCCCACUCAAAUAAACAAAUGUGGUGUCUUCAUAACCCAGGAGGGCUUUUUAAGCCAUAAAGACAAAGUACCAACACCAGCAACAGAGUGAAUGAACGUCAACAUUCUGCAGCUAAGUGACAGAAGCCACACAGAAAAGAUCAUGUUUCCUGUGACUGUGUUUGUGUGAAGUGUCCAGCAGGAGGAAACCCACAGAGAUGGGAGUCAGGUGGGCUUGUCAGGGGCUGACGAGGAGGAGAAAUGAGAGACUGAAGGCUCUGUGGUAUUUGGGGGCAGGGUUACACAAAUUCCUUAUUAAAACAACAUUAAAGUCCUG